AUGCAUGGUAGAUAUUCACACAUAAUUCCUACUACCAGGCGACGUAAACAUAAGACCAAGAAGACAGAACAGGAACGUCAGGCAAUCAAUCCAACAUUUUCCAAUUCACUGUACCGAUUGUCGGCAACCUUUCCGUUCAGACGAAUAUGUAAGCGUUAUGGGGCGGAUAUAACAUGUGGAGAAAUGGCAGUUUGUACUAACUUACUGCAGGGUCAGCAGUCAGAAUGGGCACUGCUUAAACGUCACGAAUCAGAAGAUCUGUUUGGUGUACAGUUAUGUGGAGGUUAUCCUGACUCGAUGACGAGGUGUGCGCAGCUGAUAUGUGAAACAAUGGACGUAGAUUUUAUAGAUAUUAACUGUGGAUGUCCCAUAGAUCUUAUAUUCAACAAGGGUGAAGGCAGUGCUUUGAUGGGUCGACAGGCAAAGUUUGAACAGAUUGUGACUGGUAUGAAGUCAGUAAUGAACGUUCCUCUCACAGUGAAGUUGAGGACAGGCAUCUACGACAACAAGAAUAUAGCCCAUACUAUAUUACCACACCUUAGAGAUUGGGGUGUUGCAAUGUGUACCUUACAUGGCAGAUCACGGACACAGAGGUACACAAGGACAGCUGACUGGAAAUACAUUAACUACUGUGCAGAGGCAACUGCACCAAUGCCUCUCUUUGGGAAUGGUGAUAUACUUACAUAUGAAGAUUACAAUCUGCACAGGGAACAGUCUGCUGUCGGUGGAGUAAUGCUUGCUAGGGGAGCUUUAAUAAAGCCUUGGUUAUUCACUGAGAUAAAAGAGCAGAGACACUGGGAUAUCUCAUCUACAGAGAGAUUUGAUAUGCUCCGGGAUUAUGUCAACUUUGGAAUGGACAACUGGGGGUCUGAUCAACAGGGAAUAGAAAUCACAAGAAGAUUUUUGUUGGAAUGGCUGUCUUUUCUAUACAGGUAUAUUCCAGUUGGAAUCUUAGAACGUGUACCCCAGCAGAUCCUUGAGAGGCCGCCAUUCUAUAAGGGGAGAGAUGAAAUGGAGACUCUAAUGGCUAGUCCAAAUUGUGGAGACUGGGUCAAAAUUAGUGAGAUGCUGCUUGGAAGAGUACCAGAUGGGUUUAAUUUCCUACCGAAACACAAGGCAAAUGCUUAUAAGUAAAUGUGGGAUUAAUGACAGUUGAGGUUUAUUGAGAUAAAUUGAACAAUUCUAGGUUUAUAAUGAAUUCUGUUUGUUGCAACCACAGUAUACUUGCAUUAUAUUAUAAUUAUAAAGAGUUCAUGUAAUAAAUUAUUGCCCGAGGACCAAUGGCAGAUAGUUUUGAAUAUUGACUGUCAAGCCAGUCAUUGAGUUUGACUAUUGACUGGUAAACCAUUCAGCGAGUGUUUUACUACUUUUUUUCAAAAUAAAAUUUUCAUUGUUUUUUCUUCGUAUUUUCACUGUAAUAUUAGUGACAUUCGGUGGUUAACAAAAGGACUAGUCAUACAGCAGAAAGCUUUGGACAAACCAUUUAUGAAAAAAGCGUCUUGUAAUAAAGUCUUACAAUAUAUUG